UCGGACAGAGCAAAUUCUUUUUAAGCCAAAAAAAAGGUGUUUCAUUUUAAAAAAAAAAUCAAAACUUGGGUGUGCUCACGGGUCCGAGUCGGUGAAGAUGAGCUUCGUCAAGUAUCUCCGCCGAGACAGUUUGCUCCGGUUAGCCGGAAAACCGUAUCUUAGCCGUGAUUACAUGCUUCAGACAUGCCGGACUCUUAUAAUUGAAACAGCUCCGCCUGAAUUUGUCAAGCUUAAUCGUCUAUCUGGCUCCGAUUCAGGGAUAGUUGAGGUCAAUUUAGAUAGGCCUGUUGCCAAAAAUGCCAUUAAUAAUGAGAUGCUGAAAAGUCUCCAGAACACAUUUGAGUCCAUACACCAAGAUAGUUCAGCUCGGGUUGUCAUGAUCAGAAGUCUGGUUCCAGGAGUUUUCUGUGCUGGUGCAGAUCUCAAGGAGCGUAGAACUAUGAGUCCAUCUGAGGUUCACACAUAUGUCAACUCGUUGCGGUACAUGUUCUCGUUCAUAGAGGCACUGAGCAUUCCAACUAUUGCUGCAAUCGAAGGUGUGGCACUGGGAGGUGGACUCGAAAUGGCUCUAGCUUGUGAUCUUCGAAUCUGCGGCGAAAAUGCAGUAUUUGGCUUGCCUGAAACAGGACUUGCUAUAAUCCCUGGAGCUGGUGGGACACAGAGGCUCUCGAGGCUGGUUGGGAGAUCGAUAUCAAAGGAGCUUAUAUUCACAGGUCGAAAGAUCGAUGCAAGAGAAGCUGCAGAUAAAGGGCUUGUGAACAUUUGUGUUACCGCUGGUGAGGCUCAUGAGAAAGCAAUUGAAAUGGCACAGCAGAUAAAUGAAAAAGGUCCACUGGCUAUAAAGAUGGCGAAGAAAGCGAUUGAUGAAGGAAUAGAGACGAAUAUGGCUUCGGGUUUGGAGGUAGAAGAGAUGUGUUAUCAGAAUCUUCUUAAUACUCAAGAUCGUCUUGAAGGAUUAGCUGCUUUUGCUGAGAAGCGCAAGCCUCUUUACAUUGGCAAGUGAAAACCGUUCCGUACCUUACAGUGAAAAAAUCAUUAGAGUCCAAUCAAUUUUAGUUUCAAUAACAAUUGAAUUGGAAUGUUAAUAACUAUGUGUAUGUCACAGUAAGCAAGGGAGAAAAAAAAAACAACAUCUAAAAAUCACUGUUCGUGUUUGUGCAUACAUCGACAUGAUGUCAAUUUGUGUGGCUGUAAUCAAAAUGUGGAAAUAAGGUGGCUUAAACUUAAAACCAGUGGUUAUACUU